AUGGACAUGAGCAAAACUAAGUUCGUUGUGGACGGCGAAUCCUCCUCCUCCUCGGCCUCCUCCUCGGCCUCCUCCUCGGCCUCCCCCCCCGCGCGCCCUCACGCCCCCGGGAAGGAAGCAGCUCAAACUCCCAGAAGCUCAGCAGAGGCCCCAGCUCCGGCCGGCUCUUCUCCAGCUCCGUGGUCUCGGUGCCCCCCGUACGUUCUCACUCUCUUGAAGGUGCUCCUGUGGUUGGUCUUACUCGGACUGUUCGUGGAACUGGAAUUCGGCCUGCCUUAUUUCGUCCUGUCCCUGUUUUACUGGAUCUACGUAGGGACCCGGGGCCCGGGGGAGAAGAAGGAAGGAGAGUGGAGUGCCUAUUCCGUGUUCAAUCCCGGCUGCGAAGCCAUCCAAGGCACCCUGACGGCGGAACAGCUGGAGCGGCAGUUAUUGAACCAGCCCCUGGCCGGGAGGUAGCAUUUCCUCCUCAUCCUUUGGACACCCGUUGCCCGAUCUCUGGGUCCGGACGCGAUUUGACGGGCGGAAGCGAUGGGGACGCCACUUUAUACCCUUGGAUGUUGGGCGGGGCGGGGGGAAAGAGCGUUGUCUUUUCAUCUCCAUUAUGUGAUAUGUGCCUUCUGGGUUUCCUAACUUUUCUAUUCCUGGCCCGCUGCGGCAUUUCGCACCGCACUUACAAUUCCAUCUUAAGACUGGCUUGCAAUUUUCCUAAAAGCCGUGAGAAGGCAUUAUAGCACAAUGGGUGCAACCGAGUACCGAGUUGUAUCUUGGGGGAUGGAGACCCGUUCAUUUUCAUAUGUGAGGAAGUCAACUUUGAGAAGGAGAAAACGGAAGUCGUCAGAUGGGACGGUCUGUUGAAAGUUAGCGUUGUUAGGAUUGUUAAAGUGCCGCCUCUUGGAAACGUCAAAGCCUAUAAUAAAUCGAACCGAAUAUCUUUAACCUCUCCCAAACGUA